GUUGUUUGUCUAAAUUAAAAAAUUAAAAAAAAAAAAUGUUGAAAUUUUUUUUACUUAUUCUAAUAAUUAAAUCCACGUUUGCAACAACUUAUGAUUGCUACCCUCGAUCAUGUAACGGAACCAAGCACACACUUUGCAAGUAUACUCUGUUUGAAUUUGGACCAAAAUGCAAUGAAGUAAAAUUCAAUUAUUUGACUCCACAUUAUCAAAAAGAAAUAAUUUAUGUUCACAAUGUACUACGGGCUUUAACAGCAAUAAAUGAUAAAGAACCGGAAAAAAAUUUGACUAUUCGUGUUGCGCAAUACAAAUGGAAUAAUGAGUUAGCUGAAAUCGCUCAAAGAUGGGCCAAUCAGUGUGAUCCUGGCAAUGAUGAAUGUCGGGAUGUUGAUAAUUUCAAAGUUGGUCAAAAAUUUGAAAACAUAAAAGCCAUGAAUAUCAAAACAUUUGAAAUCUAUGAUUUAAUAAAAAAUUGGUUUUAUGUUGACAUAAAUAAUUAUCUCGGAGAUAAAUUUUAUGGCCAAGCAACACCCAUGUCAGUUAAUAAUCAUACAAUUAUUUGGGACAAUGUUAUGCUUAUAGGCUGCGGAAUCAUUCGAUUUUACGAUAUUGAUGAUUGGUACAACACUUAUUUGGUGUGCAAUUAUCGUCCAGAUGAAUAAUUCAUCGCAUUUUAAAAAAUAAAAAAUUGCCUUUAAUAAAUUCCUGGACACAUUUUAUUAUAAUUUCA